CCACCUGCCCUCUCAAGGGUCCUCCCUUGCUUGAGCUCCUUUUGCUAAUUACUCACAGGCAGGUGAUCCGGGCCACCUUCAAAGACACAGAGAGGGGCGCCCUCCUGACGACCCACUACAUGGCAGAGGCUGAGGCCGUGUGUGAUCGCGUGGCCAUCAUGGUGUCCGGGAAGCUGAGAUGUAUCGGUUCCAUCGAACACCUGAAGAGUAAAUUUGGUAAGAAUUAUCUGCUGGAGAUGAAGGUGAAGACCACGGAGCAGAGGGAAAGCCUCCAUCGUGAAAUUCUGAGGGUUUUCCCCCAGGCUGCCCAGCAGGAAAGGUACUCUUCUGUGAUGGUCUAUAAACUGCCAGUGGAAAAUGUGCGACCUUUAGCGCAAGCUUUCUGCAUGUUAGAGAAGGUUAAACAGAUCUUCGACCUGGAGGAGUACAGCCUCUCCCAGUCCACCCUGGAGCAGGUUUUCCUGGAACUCUCCAAGGAACAGGAGCUGGAUGACUUUGAUGAAGAACUUGACCCUUCAGUGAGGAGGAAACUCCUCCCACAGGAAGACCCUUAAAGCCCAAAUACCCUAUGUUUCCAUUCAAGCAUGUGGUUAUUUUUUAAGACAUUGAUUUUUAUAGCAUCAAUGUCAUAUUUUUAGCAACUGUAUUAUAAACACUGACAUGGUUCUUCCUGUGGUGGAGAGGAGCGGGGAGCAAUGCCUGGGCAGUCCCAGCUACCACGUGGACAGAGGCCCGUGGCUGAGCCCUCCUCCCAGUCACUGCCUCUGUGUCUCUGCAGGUCACCCUGAUUCCACUUUUCUGUACAAUACUGAAUAAAUAAAUUUACU